GUCUCUUUUUUCGUAAUAUGUAUCUGUACCAUUCAUCCCUUGUUUCAUUCACUUUUUUGAAUCCUUCUCAUAUCCGCAAUACACAUACUCAUAUACGCACUCUCAUGCCUCUUCUUUCUUGCUGCUAAUGAAAACCUUCUAUCACCAGCUAGCUUUCAUCUUUGGAGUGGUGUUGCUGGCUACUCUACUUCUCAUCCCUUAUUUUGCACGUUUCCAUGUACUUGAUGAUCUCCUUAACCACUAUUCAAACUCAAAGCCAUCUGUUAUUAAUAACCACACAAGUCCAAGGAGCCAAUGGGAUCAUACACGAAAAUAUUUGACUUACCUUCCUUUCGAGGGUAUCUCUAAUCAGUUUUUUUCCUUACAGAAUGCCGCCACGAUUGCUAAGCGGCUCAAUCGCACUUUGGUAGUCCCGCCCAUCACCUCAAACCGCCAUGAUCACCUCGCAACAAAUCAACCCUGGAGCAACUAUAUGGAUCUCGAACAUAUGGCUGUUCAUGCUGGCGUGGACUAUGUGGAAUGGCACACUAUUAAAUUCAUUGACCACGCUUCACACGCCAUCAUUGAGACUGGCUCCAGACGAAACAAACCCAAGGCAUGGAAAGCUCGUGCAGAGCCAUUUCCUUGCCAAGUGAUCCGCAAUUAUGGACAGGAUUACUUUUUGGGUGAGGAGGAUUCGAUUGGUGCUGAUUUUGCAUAUCAAUUCCUAUUGGAUCUCAAGCCCAUACCCGUCCCUGGCUAUUCUCUCCAGGAUGACGAGCCCGUGACUUAUGUUGGCGACAUUGUGGAACGCAACCAAAAUUCGACUGACCCUGUCAUUUGCCUCACUUUCACCUUCACAGCUCAGUUUGCACCCGGGAAGAAUCGAUGGGAUAUCAGUUGGGAAGAAGUUGGGAAGCAUAUACAUUUUUUACCCCAGUUUGCAUCUCUUGUUGAGGAUCUGGUCGCAUUUCGAUUUGGACUGUUGAAAAGCCAUGUGCCCCAUCCUUCUUCACCUACGAAUAUAGGCACAUCGAUUCUGAAUAUAGACGAGAGAGCAGAAACACCCUUUUCAAGCAAACUGCCUUAUAAGGAUUAUAUAGCAAUCCAUCUGCGUCGGGGUGAUAUUGGUGUUAAAUGUGUGAAUCAGACCAUUAGCGACUGUGUUGUGCCGCUUUCUGAAUACAAAGAACAUGUCGAUUUAAUUCUGGAUGGUCUGCUAAAAGAUGGGGUCUCAAAACAAAAGCUACCGAAUGUAGUGCUCGUCUCGGAUACGCAGUCAGAGGUAGAGAAGGCAGAAAUUGAUGGUUAUGGAUGGUACCGUUUGGAUCAUACCAAUGACCCCAAUUUACUGAAAGCAUCCGAGGUCUUGGGCCCUUUUAGUCCCGCACUGAUUGAUUCCGCAGUUCUUACAGGGCGUGGAGCUCGCUGGGUGAUUGGGAGUCGUAGGAGCACAAUGUCUUGGCUGGCUGCUAUGAGGCUUUCAUCCUGGUAUAAUACAACAAUUAUCUACCCCAAGCAAUCUAAACAGCAAACUGCUCAGGCAGCUACAAUGGAGAGUAUGGUCAUUUUGUCGUUUAAGCAAAAGGCUCGGCAGCAGCGAUGGCAAACAAAUGACAGUGCUUACGGCAGUAUCGUCACAUGGGAUGAGGACGAAUGGCUUUACUUUGAGCAGGUUGCACUAUAG